AUGGAUAUGGAUCCAGGCGAAGGUACUUCGGAUGGUCGUGUACGACGCAAGCCAGGCAGUGUUGUAGUCGAAAUAAAGCGAGAGUCGGACAUCAAGGAAGAGCCAUUAGAUGACCCUGAAUUCGAUUUGGUGACAUCGCCGAAUGAUAGAUUUGCAGCAGAUGCAGUGGAAGCGAACAUCGAAUUGACAACUGAUGAGUUUCCCCAUUCUUGCCUGAAAUGUAGACAACGAUUUGCCACCGAAGACGCCCAAAAAUCGCAUGAAAAGCGCUGCAAACGACGUCGAUAUGAAUGUUAUCUCUGCGAAUACAAAAGUUUCAACAAAGGCAAUCUCAAAAGAUAUAUGCAAGCAAAACACACAGGUGAAUGUAAAUUUCAAUGUGGAAUAUGCGGGAAGAAAUGUAUCUAUAAAGGUAAUCUCAAUCGACAUUUAGCCAUCCAUCGUGAUCAGUUCCCAUUCCGAUGCACCAAGUGUCGACGUGAAUUCAUACAAGCAGCGGAUAAAACAGCACACGAAAUGAUCUGCAGCCGACGUCAAUAUCAGUGUUACAUAUAUUGGUUAUGCAUAUGGAUCCAGGCGAAGGUACAUCGGAUGGACGUGUACGCCAAGUUGGAAAAUGUUGCAGUCGAAAUCAAACGAGAAUCAGACAUUAAAGAAGAACCAUCAGAUGACAGUGAAUAUGGUUUUGUAACACAAUGGAAUGACAGAUUUGAAACAGAUGCAGUAGAAGUGACAUCGAACAUCGAACUGGUGGACCAAUAUGAAUCGGAUUUCGUUCCCGACUUUGAUUUGAAUGGUGUAAAAGAGAAAGUGAAGUGCGAAGAAGAGAAGCCAGAAAAAGAAAGAGAUUUGUCAGCAAAUUCGAGUUCGAAGGAAGAUGAACUGAGUGCUCUUGACAGCAAAGGUGGUGAGUCAGUGGUCAAAUCAAACGUCAACCGCGAGAAGCCCUACACGUGCGAUGUCUGUUUGAAAAGACAACGAUUUGCCACCAAAGAGGCCAAAAAGCGCUGCAAAUGUCGUCGAUUUGAAUGUUAUCUCUGCGAAUACAAAAGUUUCACCAAAUUCAAUCUCAAAAGCCAUAUGCAAGCAAAACACACCGGUGAACGUCAACUUCAAUGUGAAGUAUGCGGGAAGAGAUGCAUCCAUAAAGGCCAUCUUAAUAAACAUUUAGCCACCCAUCGUGAUCUAUUCCCAUUCGGUUGUACCAAGUGUCGCCGAGGAUUCACACAAGCAGAGGAUAAAACAGCACACGAAAUGAUCUGCAGCCGACGUCAAUAUCAGUGUUACAUAUGUGAAUAUUCCACGCUGCAAACGACCAACCUACGUUAUCAUAUACGAGUCCAUCAUACAGGGGAGAAACCAUUCGAGUGCAAGUGGUGUGACAAGAGUUUCAUUCGAAAGGACGAGGCCAAAUUGCACAUGAAACGCAUUCAUCAAUCCAAAAAAUAA